AGCUUUGACUGACAGUCUGCGUCAUCGAAUUUGUAUCUGCGACUGUGUAGGCGCAACAGGAUAUUGCAGGAGGGCACUGCUAAAGCGUGUACCUGUCUCAGAGAAACAAAACACGCACGGUCUGGCCUCGACCGAUGGGGCCGACGACUUUUCAGCUAUUAUUGUUGUAAGAAACUAUCAUUAAUUAGCAAGAAUGCGCUCCGUGGCACUCCUGUCAGCCUCGGCGGCUCCUCGCGGCGUUCCAGCUCCGGCGUGUCCGCGCCAGGGCACCAAUCGCCACGUCUGUGUAGAAGCAAUCGCGUCUACAACCGGACGGCAGGAUGCGGCAGCGCCGGCAGCAGUGCUACUGCCGCCCGCGGAGCCCAGCCGCCGACAGGCAGUAGCAGUAGCGCCAGCGCCAGCCCCAGCAGCGGCGGCAACGGCGGCAGGAGCGGCGGUGUCCGGGAGAGGCGCCGCCGCCGCCGCCACCUGGGGGGAAGCGGUGGGGCGGCGGCCACUGGAGGGAACACGCCUGCCAGGCGCGGCGGCUGUCACGCCGCGGUGCAGCUGCGCAGACGCAGGACCAGGGCCAAGCAGCAGCAGCAGCAGUAGCAGCAGCACCAGCGGCAGGGGAGGUAGCAGGGGCGGGAGCAGUAGCAUAGGUGGCGGUAGGGGCCGGAGUGGCCUGGUUGGUGGCUGGGCCGCGUCACUGCACGGCAGUAGCAGCGGCAUCAGCAGUGGCAGCGGCGGCAGUAGCCGGGGGGUUGCGGGCCUGUCGGCGGCGCCGGUGCGCGGCACGUCGGGCAGGGCUGCAUCGGCAGUCGCGGCGCGCUCGGCGGCUGCUACUGCCCCUGUAGGGGCGGCGGCGGGCGGCGGCGGCAGUAGCGGCAGUAGCAGCGGUGGUGCGGAGUCGUACUCGCUGCCGGCGCACUGGCAGGACCAGAUGACUAAGGCGCCUCUGGGGCGCAAGCGCGUGCUGCAGCGCUACUACGCGGACGUCAUCGCCAUCAACGACCUGGAGCCGGCCAUGAGGGCGCUCAACAACGCCCAGCUCAGGAACAAGACCAACGAGUUCCGGCAGCGGCUGGCGGAGGGUGCGCCGCUGGCCUCCCUGCGCGCCGAGGCGUUUGCGGUGGUGCGCGAGGCCAGCCGGCGGGUGCUGGGCAUGAGGCACUACGACUGCCAGCUGGUGGGCGGCAUGGUGUUGGCGGAGGGUCAGGUGGCGGAGAUGGCGACGGGCGAGGGCAAGACGCUGGUGGCCACCCUGCCCGGCUACCUGGGCGCGCUCACGGGCAGGGGCGUGCACGUGGUAACCGUCAACGACUACCUGGCGGCGCGCGACGCGGCGUGGAUGGGCAAGCUGUACCGCUUCCUGGGCCUCACGUGCGCCGCCGUGCAGUCCAACUGCCCGGUGGCGGCGGCGCGCGCUGCCUUCGCCUGCGACGUGACGUACGUGACCGGGCAGGAGCUGUGCUUCUCCUACCUCAAGGACAACACCGCCCUCAGCCCCGCAGACCUGACGCUGCGUGACAGCGGCUUCCACUUUGCGAUCGUGGACGAAGUGGACUCCAUCCUCAUCGACGAGUCACGCAACCCCAUGAUCAUCUCAUCCCGGGGGGCCUGCGACACGGCCGUGGUCAACACUGUGGACGUGGCUGUUCGCAAGCUGUGGCGGGCGGUGGGGCAGGAGGUAGAGGCGGCGCUGGCGGCGGAGCCCCCCGCCUCGAUGUCCGACACGCGGCGGCGGGAGGUGGAGAAGGCGGUCAAGGGCAGGUACUACAUAGUGGACGAGAAGACACGCACCGUGUCCUACACGGAGGCCGGCACCUACCUCAUCUUCCUCAACCUGGUGGAGCAGGGCGCUCGCUUUCUGGACCCAUACCCGGACGUGCACUGCCUGUGGGAGGAGGAGGUGCCCUGGGGGCGACUCGCCACCACAGCCAUGGCGGCCUACGAGCUGUACCUCAACGGCCGCGACUACAUCCUGCGCGAGCGCGAGGUGGUGAUUGUGGACCAGUCCACGGGGCGCCUCAAGGCCAACACGCGCUGGCAGGGCGGCAUACACCAGGCUGUGGAGGCCAAGGAGGGUCUGCCCAUCCAGGCCGAGAACCUGGUCACCGCCACCAUCACCUUCCAGCUGUUCUUCAGGCAGUACGCCUGGCUGGCGGGCAUGACGGGUACGGCCCAGCCCGCCGCCGCCGAGCUGUUCGAGCUGUACGGCAUCAAGGUGGUGCCGGUGCCCACCAACCGCCCCAGCAGGCGGAUAGACCACACCGCCCGGCUGUAUUACGACAAGGCGCUCAAGAUGCACGCGCUGGCGGAGGAGGUGGAGGCGGCGGUGGCGCAGCACAGGCCCGUUCUGAUCGGCACCACCAGCGUCCAGGAGUCCGAGCUCGUGCUCAACUACCUCAACCACACCAUCCUCCUCUCCGGCUCCAACAAGAACGGCCGCAACGGUCACAACGGCCACAACGGUCACAACGGCCACAACGGCAACGGGUCGGCUGCUGCUACAGCCGCCUACGGCGGCGGCGGCGGUGGCGGCAGUAGCGGCGGCACUCGGGGGCUGCUACAGCCGCGUGUGACGCUGCUGAAUGCCAAGCCGGAGCUGGUGCGGGUUGAGGCGCAGGUCAUUGCGCAGGCCGGCCUUCCGGGCGCGGUGACCAUCGCCACCAACAUGGCGGGUCGCGGCACCGACAUCAUCUUGGGCGGCAACCCCGAGGGACUCACCAAGCUGGCGCUGAUGCGGCUGGUGUACAGGCGCCUGCUCAAGGCUGACGAGCGCGAGACGCUGCCCGCGGUGCCGCUGCCGCCGCUGGACCCGUACGACACAGACGACUUCACCGCCAUCACCAGCAUCCCCUUCGCCUCGCCCGACGACCCACACGCCGGCUUGCCGCGGCCCCUGCACGAGGCCCUCGCAACCGCCAUCCUAACCUCCAUCGCGCUCUCGCCCGCCGGCGGCAACGGUUCCAACGGUAACGGCUCCAACGGUAACGGCUCAACCGCCUCGGCCUCGCUCAGCAGCGCCGACCUUAUGAACUUUGUCCUGGGCAACGGCUCUAACCGUUCAAACGGCAUCAACGGUGGUGCCAACGGAAACGGCUCGGCGGCGGCGGAGGCUGCUGCUACAGCCGAGGCGGCGGCUGCGGCGCUGGCUGCUGCUACAGCCGGCAUGAGCUACAGCCAGACGUCGGAGCUGCUGGCCUGGGUGAUGGACCGGGCGGAGGUGCUACGGCGGAAGGUGCGCGGGCAGCUCCGGCGCACCUACCGCUCCCACACCGGCGGCCUGGAGUGCCUCAACUACACCCUGUGUGUGGCGCCCGUGGCGGCGGCUGUGUUGGCGGCGCGAGAGCAGGAGCGCCUGUCAAAGCAGGUGCGCGCCGCACAGCAGCAGCAGCAGCCCCAGCCUCAGGACCCGGCGGCAGCGGCAAUGGCGGCCGGGUUGGCGGCGGCGGCCGCGGCGGCGGCGGGGCGUGACUCACCUGUGGUCGGCUCCGGCAGCAGCUUCACAGAUGAUGAAGAGGCGACCGCGGCGGCGGCGGCCGUGUCGGCCCCGGUGGCGGGCGGCGGCGCGCUGGCGGGUGGCGGCAGCGGCGGCGGCGGUCUGGGUGACGAGGAGGAGGAGGAGGCGGGCGAGGAGCCUGUGGCGCAGGUGCUGGCGCUGAGGGCGGCGCUGUAUCUGUGGCUGUGGUUUGACCAGGAGUGCGCCCGGCACCGGGAGGAGGUGCGGGCGGCGGGCGGGCUGCUGGUACUGGGCACCUCGCUCAACGAGUCGCCGCGCAUCGAGCUGCAGCUGAGGGGCCGUGCAGGCCGCCAGGGUGACCCCGGCGAGAGCAAGAUGCUCCUGGACUGCACUGACCCACUCAUGGUUGUGUUCGGCAUGGACAAGGUAUCGGCGCUGCUCAACCAGAUGGGCUCGCAGCUGCAGACCGGCCCCGACUACCUUGAGGGGGGUGUGGUGGAGUACCUGGUCAACUAUGUGGUGCGCUGGCACGAGUCCAUGAGCAAGAACAUGAGGCUGGAGACCCAGAAGUACGACGCUGUGAUGGAGGAGUACCGCCGCAACCUGUACACACUGCGGCGGCUGGUGCUGGCGGGCGGCGACAUGCAGCGAGGUCAGAUCGCCUACGUGCUCAUACAGCGCUAUGUUGACGAGUUGGUGGGUCGCUACCUGGACCCCCACAGCCCGCCGCAGCGCUGGCUGCAGGAGUCGGUGCGGGCGGACGCGCUGCCCGCCUGCCAGCUGCUGCCGGGCGUGGCGCCGCCCCAGAGCCUGCGCACACAACAGGCACUGGGGGUGGUGCCGCCCGUGCUGGUCAGCCCGCUGCAGGCUGUGCUGCACUGCCUACGUGUGUUGGUCAAUCCGCCCGGCCGCACCACCAAGACCUUUGUCGACUUCUCAGCCGUCACCACCGCCGCCGCCACCGACCCCACCGUGCGCAAAACCCUGGAGCUGUUCGGUGUCACCAAGGGUGGCGAGGGCUACGGGCAGCCGUCCUCCCUGCCCGUGUACAUGCAGGUUGAGGAGUUGGAGGUGCUGUCGCCCGAACAGAUCGCCAACCUGGCUGCCUACAUCGCCGGCACGGGGCCGCUGCAGUGGCCGGUGCCGCAGCAGCGCGAGAUAGCCGGCAACUUCAGGCUGCAGCUGCAGCUGCUCACACACCGCAGGCUGUUCGGCUACGGCGGGGCGGACGGCGCCGACGCGGCGGCGGUGGUUGGCGGCGGCGAGCCGGCGGCGGCGGCGGCGGCGCGGGCGGCGGCGCGCAUGCAGUUCUCCCGACUGCCCGGCCUGAUGCAGCGGCCGCCGCUGGAGGGGCCGUUCGCGGAGAAGGUGGGCGUGCUGCGCAACUACCUUGGCGAGCUGCUGAUCGGCUGCUACGAGGCGCGGCGGCUGGCGGCGCGACUGACCUUCACCGCCAGUCCCGCCCUGGGCUUCACAGACAUCGACGCAGACCAGCAGGCGAGGAAGGAGGGAGGGUGGGAGGCAGAGGGAGGGUGGGGAGGGCAGGGUCAGGGGCAGGGAGGGAGGGACAUAGACGCAGACCAGCAGGUGUGUGGUGUGGAGCAGCAGACCAUGCUGUUGUGGAUGGACGCCCUGUGGAGCUGCUUCCUGGAGGACACCACGCGGCUGCGCAAUGCGGUCAACAUCCGGUCAACCAACGGAUCCAACCCGGUGUCCGAGUUCCGGAUCGAAGCCAACGCCGCUUUCCUGGCGCUGCUGGACAACUACCGCGACGCCGUACUGGACAAGCUGCUGGUGCCCGACUUCGCCAUCUACGCCCCCCUGGCCGGAUUCGACGACGGCUUGUACGGCGCUGACGAGGACGGCGGCGGCGGCGGCGCGCCACUCGCCGACACGGCCCUGGUCGGCGGCGGCGGCGGCGGCGUCAGCACUGGCGGCGAUGCAGUCAACGGGGCAGGCGCCAGCAAUGGCGGCGUAUGGCCGGGCAGUGGCGGCGGCGGCGGCAGCAGCGCGAGCGGAGCGAACGGAGCCGUGGGGAGCAACGGGGUUGGGGGUGCAGGGCAGCCGCAGCCGGCGCCGCAUGACCAGCGAGUGCGCGCGCUGGGCGUGUAAAGGACAGCCGGGGGAUCCACACCAGAGGUCAGUUGAUGGCCGGCGGUUGAUGGCGUUUUUGACGGCGUGUGUGUGGUUUGAUACGCAUCGGACAGCCGCAACCGGGCCGCGUGUCGGGGUUGCUGGUGGCACUUCCGACGAAUGCGGGACAGCCGGGUAGUCGUUGGGUAGUCGUUUACGAUAUCACUCGCGUGUUGGAUUCGGGGCUGCGGAAGGUAUGUCCGGUUUGCUAGCUUGCCGUGGACUGACUGGGCACAGGCGCAUGCAUGCACUCGGUAGGAUGGGUGGAGGGCAGAUUCAGCGAUACUGAAGCCAACUACGCCUUAUGCUCUGCUCUGCGUUUGCACUAGUUUCGUAAAGCACGUCAAUAACUUAGUCAGGGAAGGCAGCUUUGUCGGUUGCAUGUGGGAUUGUAGGGUGUGGCUCUUGAUGGAAAACGCGGAUGCGGGGUUGGGUGCGGAAUGCUCGUGGAAGGGAGGGAGGAGUGUUGGGGCACGUCCGUAGAUUCCUCAGUUUGGCUGCGGUGCCACUUUACAUGCGCGCCCAUGUCCUUCAAAAGCUUUGGUUGAGUGGUUGAGCGCGUGUUUCCCCGUCUGAGAGAGCGAGUGAAGGCAUGCUGCGUGCGAGGGGGUUCUAGCGAGCUUUCUGUUGGAAGAGAGAGAGAGAUGGGAGCAUCUUUUGAAGGGCCUAGUCCCGGGGUUGGCACAUUAGUCAGUCAUGCAGGGAGCAAAGCCCGUGCCUCAAGGACAGUUCUUGCUGUGUGUAUGCUAACUAUGCUUCUGGCGAUGCCCGACUUCAUAAAGCCGACUUCAUUCAUUCAACUCUGCUCCCCGCAACUAUGUUG